AUGAGAUGGCUGCGAGCUCUGAUCAUUGCAGCGUUGCUCGUUCUCGGAUGCCUGUCCUGGUGCGCAAGACUUCUCGGCGAGUGGCAAGACCUCACACCUUCCGUGUCGGAAGCUGCCUUUCUUGCCAUGGCUUCACGAUUGGACAGAUUUCCCACUUCCAGAGGCUCUACUUGGACGAGCAUAUCUCCGGUGACAGCGGCCGCCUCUCUUCCAGAGGCUUUGCAAUUGCCCAAUUCGAGCGUUGCAGAAAUCAUAGCGUAUCCGAAUACAUCAAGUCGGACAAGCACACCUUUCGCAGAGGCUGUCCUCCUUGCCAUGCCAGAGGCGUCACCGUUGCCCAACUCUACCAUCUCAGAAAGCGCGCUAUUCCCGGGUACAGCAGCUUCGACGAGCACACCUUCUGCGUCAGAGGCUGCCAUCCUUGCCAUGCCGGAGGCUUUGCCCAUGCCGAAUUCCAGCAUUAAGGGAGCAGCUGUACUGACUACAUCCAAUGCCAGCAACUACAAUCAGGCGGCCUGUCAGCGUGAGGCCUGGGCAACCUUGUUUUCGGCCACAGACUGGGACACGGCAAAGACGUACGCGCUAGCCACCCUGGUGUUGCGGGACAGCGUGCGGAAGUUCGAGCUGUGCGACCGCCCCGGUCGGCGGUUCUUUGUGUUGCGCAACAAGAGUCUGGGAGAGCCGGAGCAAUGGGCCGUGGAGACUUUGCAAAGCCAUGGCUUCAUUGACCUUCCGCUUUCCAUGGAGGUGCCCUACCAGAAUCCGAGCCGCCCCGAGCUGGCCGUGGGCUGGCUGAAGUUGGCGCUCUUCGAGCUGGAGUCGGCCUUCGACCGCGUCGUGGUGCUGGAUGGCGACAUGUUGGCCACGGGGCCUUUGGAUCACGCCUUCUUCCCGCGCUCCCACCCGGCCCCGCUGCUGAUCACCAGCGCGAUGCCCUUUGCCAGCCCCCGGAGGUCAGUGAACAUCGGGGUGAUGUCCAUUCGGCCCUCCAAGGGAGUCUUUGAUAAGAUCUUGGCAGAGCUCCAUUCCUUCGACGGGCGGGAGGACAAGCCGGACGACCAGGACCAGGGCUGGCUGGAAAUGUUCCUCCGCGCAUGGGGUGCAUUCGGAGGCGUCUAUGAGGAGGGCUGCGUACCAAGACCUGAGUACGCGAAUUUGGGGCUGGAAGGAAGAGAGGAUGGAAUCGCUUGGUGCUUCCAUCCAAUCGAGUACAAUGUCUACGUCUCCGCCAGCAACGCAUCAUUCCUGAAGAAAGCGCUGAAGCGCGGCUCCCCGAAGUUGCUGCACUGGCCAAGCAGGGGGAAGCCAUGGUGCAUGAAGAAUACAUACAGAAGCGUUUUCGACCAGCUGUGGUGGCAAUCAGCGAGGCCCAGCUUGGGUUUGUUGAAGCUACGCUUGGCCACAGUAUAUGCCAGUUGCCAAGAUCUGACGCAGCUUCGGACUCAAUCCCCAAACGAAUGGCAGUCCAUGCUGGAGAGGCGGCGGCAGCUUGACCAGGUAGUGGACUGCCAAAGACACGCCCAGGAAGCCCAAGGAUUGCUGCAGAAUUAUUCCCUUUUGCAUCCUUCUCACUGGCUGCCGCCUGUUCUGUCGGCUUGGAUUGACAACAUGCCAUGUGGCUUGGAUUUGGAAAUGGAGACGCCUUUGUUCCCACAAGUGGUCCAUUCCCCGACGCCGAGUUCCUUGGCGAUGACGGACUGA